AUGUUUGCACAAUAUUUCACGUUUGUUGCACUUAUAACGUUAAAAUUAACGUUGGCAAAUGAUGACCCAUCACUUCAUCGAUAUCGUGGUCAUAUUUUGAAAAAUAAUGGAAAAUAUGAAAUAACUACAGCAUUAGCAAAUGCUUAUAAAGAACCUGAUACAAAUGUAAAUAAUGUAUUAGCAACUGGAUUUUGGGAUCAGACAUAUAAUACUACUGGUUGGUCAGUAUUAGAAAUUAAAACUUCACCUAAUCAAACAAAUUUUGAUCAAGCUUAUUCAGCUGGAUUACUUGAAGGACAAUUUACACGAGAAAUGACUGGUUGGCAAUGGCAAAAUAGUAUAAGUGAUGUUUGUGUUAAUCAAGCCAAAUUUUGUAAUUAUCUUAAACAAUUUUUUGAAAUACAACUUGAUUGGUUAUAUACACAAAUUGAAACUUAUCCCGAUGAUGAAUAUUGGCAUCAAGUCGAUUUACUUCUUAUUCAAUUAAAUGGUCUUAUUGAUGGAAAUCAAAAUACACCACGUGAACCAAGACAUAGACUUGAUGAUCCACUUGGAUUCUUUCUAUUUCAAGUAGUUGAAUCUAUUGGUGAUCUAGCUGCACGUUUAGGUGUACCAAAUGUUGAACGACAUGAUAGUUGUUCAGCAUUGAUUAAAAUUUUACCCAAUAAUACAGAUAUAUUUGUAUCUCAUGCUGAUUGGAGUAAUUAUCGAACAAUGUUAAAAGUAAUUAAACGUUAUAUAAUGCCAUUAAAACGAUCAACAGCUGCCGGAAGUGAAAUUAUUCCAGGUGCUGAUAUUAUUUUUUCAUCUUAUCCCGGAACACUUCAUUCAGUUGAUGAUUUCUAUAUGACACGUCCUGGAAAAUUAACAGUAAUUGAAACAACAAUUGUUAAUUAUAAUAAUAAUUUAUUACAUAAUAUUAUUCCAAUAUCUGUACCUGAAUGGAUUCGUGUUGUAACUGCGAAUCGUUUAGCUAAUUCCGGUCAAGAAUGGAUUGAUAAAUUUUUUAUUUUUAAUGAUGGAACUUAUAAUAAUCAAUGGAUGAUUAGUGAUUUUAAACAAUUUACACCAGGACAAUUACCAAAAGCUGGAUUCUUAAUGGUUGCUGAACAAUUAGUUAAUAAUUUUGAAUAUACUGAUAUGACUGGAAAAUUAAAUCAAGAUGGUUAUUGGGCAUCGUAUAAUAAUGUUUACUUUCCAGAUUUUCGUGAUUUAUCAGGUGAAGAAGCAAUGGUUCAAAAAAUGGGACCUGAAUUAUAUUCAUGGGCUAAUUCUUCACGUGCUAGAAUAUUUGCACGUGAUCAAGAUAAAGUUGUUGACUUACCAUCAAUGAUUAAAAUGAUGAGAUAUAAUGAUUUUAAAAAUGAUGCUUUGUCUAAAUGUAAAUGUGAUCCACCAUAUUCAGCAGAAUUAACUAUUGCUGCACGAUGUGAUCUUAAUCCAGCUAAUGGAACAUAUCCUGAUUCACCAUUAGGACAUCGUGUACAUGGUGCAACAGAUGCUAAGAUUAUGAAUUAUGCAAUGAUGCAAAAUUUUACACUUGUUGCUAUUGCUGGUCCAACAUCUGAUCAACAACCACCAUUUGUUUGGAGUGAAUCAGAUUUCGAUAAAACAGUAUCGCAUAUUGGUCAUCCAGAUAAAUGGAAUUUUACAUCAUUUACACCAACAUGGAUGUUAACCUGA